AUGUCUGAGGCGUUGGAAAAGGACAUCGAAAUGGGCGAUAAAAAUAGCAUUAGUAUGAUGACGACGACGACGACAAAACCAGGCGCGCCAACGCACCCACCACCAUCACGCGAUACAAACUUUCCACCCAGUGCUGCGAAUAAAUCCAAGUCUCGUUUAGAACGGACGGAUACGACGCACAUGAACAUGACCCAUAUUAAAUACGAGAAAAAUCCAUUCAUCACGUGGAAAGCGAUGGUGUUUAACUUGAUUUCCAGCCUGUUCGGGGUUAUGUUUUUAGCGAUCACGUGCGCGGCGUACCCGAUAUACGCGUUUGCUAUUCCCAGACAAGUGUGGGCGUUUCUCGGAGAGAAAGGGUUCGGGAUUAUAUAUUACAUCUUUGCAAACUCGAGCAUUUUACGGUACAUCCACUUGCGUUCGAUUGCGAAGAAACACGAAAACGACAACGGGGACGUGUUGAGAAGCAUACACUCGUUCACGCAAACAGAAAUGCUUUCGUCUGCCGCGGUAAUUCCAAUUCCGUUUUUAUCGGAUAAUUACUCGUAUUUGAUCGUAGAUAGGCAGUCGAAGACGGCGGCGGUGGUGGAUCCAUCGGAUCCCAUUAGCGCGUUGGGGGUAGCGCAAAGAGUUGGCGUGGAGUUGAAGAUGAUUUUGUGCACACACAAACAUCAUGACCACGCGGGAGGAAACGUGCGAUUAAAAGAGUUGAUGAAGAAUGAAAAUUUACCGGUGUACGCGCACAAGAUGGAUAAUUGCCACGGGGCUACCCACUUUGUCGAGCACGGCGACGUUAUUCGAUUAGGAGAGGACGUGGCGUUGAGCGUGAUACAUUUGCCGUGUCACACGAAAGGACACAUAGCAUUCGCGUUGCAUAAGAAAGGAAGUAAAAACGUGGAAUCGUCUGAUGAGAGCACCGUAGAGGCUUUAUUUUGCGGAGAUGUCAUUUUGAAUGGGGGCGUUGGUGCGUUUUUUGAAGGUCGCGCGAAAGAAUGCGCGUCAAAUUUACACAAGACUUUACAAAACGUUCCAGAUUCGUGUCUCAUAUUUUCCGGGCACGAGUAUAUGACAAUGAAUCUACGGUUUGCAGCGUACUUGGACGACGACGACGAUUUUACCAGAUUAGUUUUGAACACGAUAGUGCUUGCGAGGAACAGAUCUUUAGCCACGCAACCGAGUUCGAUGAAAGUCGAGCGGUUUGCGAAUCCGUUUUUCCGCAUUCGAGAACGGGCGUACGCCGGGCGCCUUUUGCUAUUGAGACAAAAGUUGCAGAGAGAAGCAAAACGGCCGUGGUGGCGACGAUACGUGCCGGAAAAUAGAAAUAGAAUUGGGUAUUACAAAGAGUUGAAGAGUGAAUCGAUUUUGUUGGACAAAAUUCAAAGAGAAGAAAACGCUUACAACAAUAACAACGACAACGCCGGCGGUAUGGGACACGCACAGACGCCGUCUAAAUUCAUCGAAGACGAGGACGAUUUGACCAUGCUGACGGAGGCAUUAAAAUACGUGCUCACGAGUGGAAGAAAUGAAUACGAUUUCAGCGAACCGACGGAUUCGGAGAACAGACAUUUCAACAAUUUUAUGAACGCUUUGAAAGCAGAGAACGAUCCGAAAUCGAUGAACAGAAGAGUGCACCAGUUGUAA